AGGUCACGUCUGUUUUGUCAUAGUGUGUUACUUGCUGUUUUUUGUCUCAGACCGUAUGAUUAAAAGGUGUUCAGAGGGAGAGGUGCAGCCCUGCAAAUUUGUGGGGGAUCUACAGAUCUGUUGAGCAGGCUACUGAAAAAGAGAAAAGGAAGUUUUGCUGAGGAGAAGCAAUGGAGGCUGCUGUCUUUGAGUAUCACAAAGAGGAUGACACUGUGGACGUUGAAUCUUUUCAGGGAGAGAAGCAGAAGCUUAUUCAGCCGGCGUCUUUAAAAGACCCCAAAUUUGAAAAGCUAAAGGAGGCACUGGUUUUUUGGAUCAAUAGCACUUUGAAACCGGAUCACAUAGUGGUUCAGAGUCUGGAAGAGGAUCUGUUCGAUGGCCUGGUGCUUCAUCACCUUCUGUCCAGAUUGGCCGGUGUGCACAUGUCUGUGGAGGCUAUGGCACUAACCAGCCCUGCUCAGAUCCGCAAGCUGGGAGUGAUCCUGGAGGAGUUGGACAAGAGACUGGGCCUGCAGGACAGCAGCCAGAUCAAGUGGAACGUCAAACUCAUCCACAACAAAGACCUUCUGGCCACUAUUCAUCUGCUGGUUGCCAUGGUGAGAGCUUUCCAGCCUGAACUGGGUUUGCCACCAAAUGUGAAAGUUGAAGUUAUAGUUUUGGAAGUGAGCAGAGGUGGAAUCAAAUCAGAUGUACAGACGGAGGUCCUGACAGAGGAAAGGGAUGCAGGCUCAGACUCUCUCAACAAGACUGAAAGGGAAGAUCCCAUCGAGCAACUGCUGAAGCUUGAGGAUCACAAGGUCAACACGGUGAAGAAGGCAAUCUUACACUUUGUCAACCAGAAUAUGUCGACCAUGGGUCUGCAGGUGGCUGAUAUGGACAAACAGUUUGCUGACGGUGUGAUUCUGCUGCUGCUGCUCGGACAACUGGAAGGCUUCUUCAUCCCACUCUAUGACUUCAACCUGACACCUGUCAAUCACUCUGAAAUGCUCCACAAUGUGACCUUGGCCUUGGACCUCCUUAAUGACGCAGGCCUUCAAGUGUCCAGCAUUGAUCCACAAGAUAUUGUCUCUCAGGACGACACUGCCACCUUGAAGGUCCUGUACGCCCUGUUCAAGAAGCACAAAGGGAAAUGAGAGAGGAACUCAACAACCAGGGAGCUGAAGAAAAGUGGAGUUUUUGAUCAGCUUGUGGUUUCUUCUGUCUCUAAACUGUUCAAAAGGCUGUACAUUAUUUAAAUGGUGAAGGAAGACUAAUUAGUCAUAUUGCUGAUGCUCUCAAGCUAAUUUAAAAUAAGUACAAGAUGCUAAAGUAGCUUUAACAAGUUAUUCGUGUCUAAGGGCCUGGUCUGAGCAGCAUUUAUGACAACAUUUUAGAGUGAAAUAAAAAUGUCACCAAUCCUCCACCACCACCUACUUUUUGAGGACAGGUCGAUACAAGGCUAGACUACCAACCAGGAUAAGUGGGCAAACAGAGCAAAGCAAGCAGGCAACCGCCCCAGGGCCCCCAAAGCCCCAGGUGUCCUGUGUGUCAACUAGUUGUAAAUAAUUUGACUAAUUGCAAAAUUGUUUAUGUAUUUCCACCACUGUGAAAUCAAUGGCUGUGGCUCAGGAAAUUUAUCAGUUCGGAUGGAGUAUAGUAGCCCCUUAAAAUGGAUCAGCAUACAUAUAUACUUUUUACCUUUUAAAUGUGGUUCACAUUCAGUAAUAAUAUACGGGGUGUAGAUGGUAGUGUAGCCAAAGCAGUGUUCUUUCCUUUUUCCGCUAUCUCUUGCUCUCUUUCCUUCUCUUUAUUUCCUUUUCAGUCUGACACUGCUGGAACAUGGCACUUUUCAUUCUUGCCAUAGAAAACCAUCAUCCUUGACUGCCACUUCUUAAUAAACAAUGUGAAUUUAUUUCUCUGCUUCCUCAAUGUGUUCCUGCUGACAGUCUGUGACAUCCUCUUUUUCUAGUCAGUGAAAAAUGGUGGGAUUUUUUUAAAAUCUUUUUUGUCAUUGAAUUGUUCCACUCCAUGUCACACACAUGUAGAGAGGGUGCGGCAGGCAGCAAUGGAGGGAGGCUCAGAGAAUGAGAGACAGACAAUAAAUGUGAUUCCAUCAAAGCAGAUUUUGCUUUUUAUAUCAAUUAUGUGUUGAAUAAAAAAAAAGGUUGGACUACAACUGGAAAAAUACACUUAAUUAUCCUCUGUGUUGCAAAGAUGUGUCAUUUCUUGGUUUAAAAGAAAUGUAUGCUAACCAUUAGUGACUUGUUAAAUAAUAUCUCUCCACCACUGCCACUCUGGUUUAGUUUAGUGUAUUAGCAAAUUGCAGCAUGAGUUUCUUUGUUUUUGUCUUGAGGUUAAACAACAAACAACCACUUUCAUACUUCUUAUUCAGUUCACCCAGUUUUCUUGCAAAUGUGUUUGUCGACAUUCAGGAAGCCAAUUUAUUUGUUUCCACCAAGGUGAUGGAAAAUUCCCAUUUUAUUUCCCGUGACAUUUCAAAAAGAUUGUAUAAAAUGUGCUUGGCAGUCAGAUAGAAACAUACUGUAUAGCAAGAGACAGACAGAUAGAAAGAGACAUUUAGGUGUGUGUUGCUCUUGUUAAUCGUGUAAAUGUCUGUUGGCAGUUAAAGUAUUAUAAAAUAAAAAUGGCUUCUCUUCUAUUUUCCAAUUUACAACUUAUCAUCCUGAGUGAUUGUACAGUAAACUAUAUUUGUUUGUCAAAUACAAAUGGUAUGGUCAUUUCAUAGUCAUGUAUACCAUCCACUCACAUUAUGCUUGCUUAUCUUUAAGGUUAGGUGGUGGUCUAUAAAAACAUUUGGCACUAAAUCUUUCUGCAUACUGCCUACUUUUAUGUAACUCCCUUCACCUCCUCUGCCUCCUCCUGUAUUUACAUUCAUUGUAUGUGAAUGUUUGUUGAAAUGCCUUUUCAUAUUCAUCAAAUGUGUAUUUCAGGGUCAAUCAGAAGGGGUUUUGAGCUCACGGACAGUCUGUAUCAAGCAUGCUUAUAUAUGUUUCAAAGCAUAAAACGUGUAUUAUUGUUGUUGCAAUAAAUGGUUAAAACCUU